AUGGCAAAGAAAGCAAAGUAUUGCUACCCCAUGCUAGACAUCUACUACCGGAUCCAUAACAUCAUUCGGCCAGAUCUAAGCGAUCUCGAUGUCGUUGGUUCCAAACGCGAAGACGGUAUCUGGAAGCCCAAGAACUUCUCGAUCAAACACUAUUACGUCUACGGCGCCUGGCCGGGUUCGGGAUCAGAAACCGACUUCUUGGACUGCCUGGCGAGGGCUACGGACAAAUAUCGUCAGAGACUCCUAGCUGCACAGAAAGCAAAGCAAGCAGAGGCCGAGGUCGAACGUCUGGGGAACCAUUACCGGCGAGUCCGCAAAUGUUGGAUUGCUCACCGCAACAGAGCAGCUGGACUCAAAGGGGCUCAAACCAAGAAGCGUAAUGCACAAUUAGAUUGA